ACAGUUUGUCCUUCUUGCAAUGCCAUAGCAGAUAGCUGACGACACCAGUCCUGAAAAGACGGUGCCAGCAUGGCGUUUACUUUAUACUCCCUUAUCCAGGCUGCAAUUCUAUGUGUAAAUGCAAUUGCAGUUUUGCACGAAGAGAGGUUCCUGAGUAAAGUUGGCUGGGGUGCGGACCAAGGCAUCGGAGGGUUUGGUGAUGAACCAGGGAUUAAAUCUCAACUUUUGAAUCUUGUUCGCUCUGUGAGGACAGUUAUGAGAGUGCCCUUGAUAAUAGUUAAUUCGGUGUGUAUUGUCUUGCUGCUACUGUUUGGAUAAAGAGACGGUGGCAGCAGCUCAACAACUCAAUGGAUUGGAUACAGGAAUAAAAACAGAAGACUUUGUAA